CAGCUUGCGAAGCCGACGUCACGCGGAGAGGUUUCAAGAUGGCGCUGCCCGGUAAGGGAGGUCAGUUGUGGGUGAGGGGCUUCUGGGUAGGGGGGGGUGGCUCCGGGGAAGGAGAAAGCUGGAAGCUCCGAAUACUUGACAGCCGUGUCGGUUAUUCCCCAUAGAUUAUGUCCUACCAUGUCAUUACCGGGUUGUUGGGGGUUCGUUUUUUUAAAAGUAACGUGUGAAUGUCAAACACGUGUUUGUGAUCACGUGUGUUGCAGCGGCUUCGAAUCCCCCUCGUAUGUGGCAGCCCUCCCGUAGAAACUGACCUCAAGUCUAAAUAGCCCGAUUUUUAUAGUGAGAAUAGUGGUCGAUUGCCUUGCACAAGUGAAGACCAGCCUUUCCAAACCUUGGGGUCCUCAAAGUGGUUUUGGGCUACCGACUCGCAUCACCCCCAGAUAGCAGGAUAGUCAGGGAUGGUGGGAGGUGUCAUCCGACCACACGUGGGGAACCCAAAGUUGUGGGAGGCUGAGUUUAGACUGACCUGUAAAUGGAAGGGUAAUGAUAACUGUAGGAGCUAUUUAACUGUCUUUGAAUAUGCCUGCGGUUGCUUCCUCAUAUUAUCUAACUUGGCCUGUGAAUGCCCUGUGGCUCCUCUCAUGAGGUAAGGGGAGGUAGGAAGGUAAAUAAAUAAAUGUUUGCCCCAGUUAGCUUUGAAUGUGUAUAGUAUACUAAUGAAUUCCAGCUGUCUUCUAGCAAGAAGAAAAACAAUCUCUCAAAGGACCUGUUGAUGGCAUUUUACCAUUGUAAUUAACUUAUGGUCUGUGUGUGUGGUUUGGGAGCUGCACGGCCAGGGAAAAAACAACAUUGUCCAGGGUUGUAAAGACUGCAGAGAAAAUAAUUGGGUGCACUCUUCCCACCUUGGAUCAAAUCUGUGCUUCCAGGUGCCAUAAGAAAGCUGCAGAGAUAAGUGCGCACCCUGGAAAUGAUCUCUUUCAGCUUCUGCCUUCUGGAAGAAGGUACAGGGUUAUAAAGACGAGGACUAACCUCCUGAGAAACAGUUUCUACCCAAAUGCAAUUCUGGCUUUAAACGCAGUACUGUAUAAGGAGUCUCUAUAGGAGUAUAUUGUAUUUUAAAAUGGGGUUUCAGAGUUUUUAGGGGUUUUUGAAUGUCUUACGUAGAUUUUCAAUUUCAUUGUUCUGUAUGGGACAAUGACAAUAAAGAUAUCGUAUCAUAUCGUAAGGUGCCUAACAAAUCAAGCUACCUACACUUGACAUGUUUAAAGAGGGGUGCAUAUCAGAUGGGAAAGUUUUGUACAUGUUGGGCCUGGCAUGCUGGCAUAACAGAAUGUAGUCUAGCUCUGUAGCUGUGGUAAUUGAGAGUAAAAGAAAGUUCAUAUCCCAGUAACUUUCUUAUACUACAAUCUCUGACACUGAGCAGAUUUCUGUCCUUCCCAAACUCUGUGUUUCAGGUGUAGCUGAUGGAUGUGGGCUGUAGCCUUUUGCCAGAAGCAGCAUUUUGCUGUAUUUUGCUGCUCAGUUCUGGAAAGACAGGCUGCCGCCAUGAACUGCUUGUGGACGUUACUGCUGGCCCAGAAGCUCUCUGCUGGAAGGGGCAUUCUGCUGAUGAAGGCUGCUUCUAAGAGGGAUCUCCAACAGCUUCUGAGAAGCGACUGUCUCCAGGUAAAAGUGUAUCUAAGCAGUUCUCUUUUGCCUUCUUGAAGGUAUACUUCAGAUUCACAGAAAUCUGUGCCGGUUCCUAGGUUCCGGGUUAAAUUGUUUGGGGUCUGAUGCCUGUCAUUCUGUGAAGUUUACUGACUCAAAAUUCUUUGGACUUAUCCACACUUCCCUUUUGUCCACGCUUUCUAGACACAGGUCUGCACUUUUAAGCUCAGUUUCUGAGUGCUCUUUUUUCUGCCCUGGAGGUUUCCCCACUAAAACCUGCUCUUUAAAGCUGAAGCACAACAAACAGCAAUGCAGGUUUACUUUGGAUUGCUGUUUGCUCUGAUUCAGUGGUAAAGAGUGGGUUUUCACAGGGAGAAAAAAAAAGAGCAACCCCCCCCCCAAACUAAGCACUCAGACAUUGAAACUUUAAAGUGUGAAUUGUGCCUGGAAAGCAGGGUGGAUAAAAAUAAAUGAUUUUUAAAAAUAAAUAAAUAAAUCAGAUUUAUUUUUUUUAUUUAAAUUGGAUUUUUAAAAUAAAAUGCUUUUGGAGGGAAAAUCUUUCUAAAUAUAGUUUUCUAUUUAAGUUACAUUAUAGUCCAAAGACAAUUCAUCAGGAAAUAAGGAUUUUUAAAAAGUUUUUCACGUGUGCUAAAACUCUUAAGGUUGUUUUUUUUAAAAAAAUCAUUUAACCACAUCAGUUAACAAACAUGGAUACAUAUGCUAUAAUGUUACUGUUUUAGUUAAAUAAAUGGUUUAAAUUGUUAUUAAGGAAAUGAUUAUUUUUCUCCUUCCAAUAAAAUACAGCUGAAAAGUUGUCCAAAUAUAAACAGUUAUUAAACCUCACAAUAAUUUCAUAAUUAUCUGUCACUGGCUUUCUAAUUGUAUAACCAAAUCAAUAAUUUUUGAUAUAACUGUAAAAACUACUCUGAAAAUUUAUUAUUCCAAAAAUGAAACCUUCAUCAUAUUAAGAUUAUACCAGCAAGAAUGAGUCUUCCUGUUAAAAAAAGAGAAGAUGUCAAUCAAAUCUUACUGACUAGUGAUUUAAAUCGUGAUUUAAAACGAUUUGGUUUAAAUCAAAUCCACUCUGCUAGAAAGCAUGGAGGAAAGGUAAGUGUGGCUAAGCCCUUUGUUUGUUUCUCUUUCUUAGAACAGGUUGGGUACUGUGAGGAGCAUCCGGGUAAGCACAGCACUUUGCACUACCACCCCUUCAAAGGGUGAUGGAGACAAUGACAAAGAAUCCACCCAACAAGCCUUGGUGACUGUUGAAGAUAUCUUUGAGAGCACCACUGAAACUGCAAAGACUAAAGCCACGUUUCAGGAAGCUGUGGACAUCUUCUGCAAGCGGGACAUUCGCCACAGGGGGCACGUGGAAUUCAUCUAUGCAGCGCUGAAGAAGAUGCCAGAGUAUGGGGUAGAGAAGGACAUUAAUGUCUACAACAAAAUCUUGGAUGUCUUCCCCAAGGAAGUAUUUGUGCCUCGCAAUUUCAUCCAGAGGAUGUUCAAUCACUACCCUCGACAACAGGAGUGUGGUGUCCAGGUGCUUGAGCAGAUGGAGACCUAUGGUAGGCAUGCAAGAGCGUCAGUAGUUUCCAAGGGGUGUGUUAAUAAUAAUGUUGUUGUUGUUUCGUCGUUUAGUCGUGUCCGACUCUUCGUGACCCCAUGAACCAGAGCACGCCAGGCACUCCUGUCUUCCACUGCCUCCAGCAGUUUCCUCAAACUCUUGCUGGUAGCUUCGAGAACACUAUCCAACCAUCUUGUCCUCUAUCGUCCCUUUCUCCUUGUGCCUUCCAUCUUUCUCAACAUCAGGGUCUUUUCCAGGGAGUCUUCUCUUCUCAUGAGGUGACCAAAGUAUUGGAGCCUCAGCUUCAGGAUCUGUCCUUCCAGUGAGCACUCAGGGCUAAUUUCCUUAAGAAUGGAGAGAUUUGAUCUUCUUGCAGUCCAUGGGACUCUCAAGAGUCUCCUCCAGCACCAUAAUUCAAAAGCAUCCAUUCUUCGGCGAUCAGCCUUCUUUAUGGACCAGCUCUCACUUCCAUACAUCACUACUGGGAAAACCAUGGCUUUAACUAUACGGACCUAUUAUUAUUAUUAUUAUUAUUAUUAUUAUUAUUAUUAAUUAUUUAUACCCCACCCAUCUGGCUGAGUUUCCCCAGCCACUCUGGGCGGCUCCCAAUUGAGUGUUAAAAACAAUACAGCAUUAAAUAUUAAAAACUUCCCUAAACAGGGCUGCCUUCAGAUGUCUUUUAAAGAUAGAAUAGCUGUUUGUGAUUUGAUCAGCGUUUGAGACUCCUACGAGUUAGCUGAAGAACUUGGCAAUAGUUUUGUGUUGCAGGAAUCUCAAAUAUUGUCAACACAUUGUAGGAAGGGAGCUAUUAGUGAAGGGAUAUACAUUUUAAGUUAUGUAUACAUUCUGUAUUUAUGAUGAAUAAUCGUGGACAUCUCAAAGCUAUCUUUUACUAGUCCUAUAAAAGAAACAGUUAUCUCCUCAUCUAGUUUCUUCUUGUUACUCCUUCUUAUAAUUAACCAGUACUCUUCUUUUUAAUUAUUGGUUAGCAAAUCAGUAUUAUUUUUGGUAGUACUUGGAAUUUAUUUAUUUCUGUUUGAUACUCUGAAUGACUUUGAGGGCUUAAUAGUGGGGAAAUGGGAUACAAAUGGAAGAGUUAGGGAUAGUGAGGACAUUUAAGUCCCUUAAAUAAUGAAAGCAUGGACCUUUCCAUCAGCCUAGGGUGAUCAUAAAUAUUUUCAAAAUGCCGCAUAAGUUUUCUAAAUAAUCAGCAGAGCCUGCUGAACUAGUGUCAAACACUGCCAUCCGAACAAACAUAGCUGGAGAACUUAGCAGAGAGAUUUUCCUUCACUUGAAGGAGUCCCGUCUUUUUACUUUGGAGGGAUUGUGGACAACAUAGUGUGAUGGUAUGGGAACCACACAUGGCCCAGUGGGUCUACUCUGAGUAGAUAAUUUAUUACGGCCAAAGACCAGCUCACAUAACAUAACACAAUAAAAACAGCAUUCAUAAAGAUAAAAUAUACAAUCGGAGCAGAUUGCAGCCAUAGCUCAUGAGUUAAAAUUAUACAUACACCCGUACAACUGAGAUUUGGGCUACCAUAAAAAAUUGAUCCUGAGGUGCCCCAAAGGGCAACUUCAGCAUUUCCCUAGUAAGCUAUUUUAUUCCAGAGAAUGAUCUGUGCCUACAAAUCUGGGCGCAGAAUCUGGCUACCAGCCAGAUCGUCUUAUGAUCUUUGCCUAAGAGGAGAGAAUUAAGUUUAGACUUGUCCGAAAGAUCGGUGAGCCUCUUCAGCAAAGGAGCAAUGGUGUCUCUAAGAAUCUCAACAUAAAAAGGACAGCUAAAAAAAUAUAUGUUCCAGGCUUCCUAUUUCCCCUAAUGGGCAGGUGCAAAGUCUCCAUAGCCCAGUGUAAUUCUUUAUACUGUUAAUGUGUGGAACUGGAACAUUAUGGGGCGAGACUGGUGGGGAAGUGGCGCUUGUGUCUCAUAGUGAGCUCUGAAGGACCAAGCAGUAUAGAGCAUGUGCCCUUAAGUUGCAGCUUCACCAAUUAAAAUGGUCCCCCGCUGAAUCGCUAAGUACAGCCUCCAGUCUGGGGUCCAGACACUUGGAGUCAUAUUUCAUGAGUGGGGAAAGGAGUUCCUGCCACACUCAUCACAGGCUUGUCAUUCCUCUUGCUCUGAAGGUAUCAUGCCGAACAAGGAGACAAAGCUUCUGCUCCUCCGGAUCUUUGGGGACAAGAGCCACCCGGUGAGGAAAUACCAGAGGAUCAUGUACUGGUUUCCUAAAUUCAAGCACAUCAACCCUCACCCAGUUCCAGAUCCUCUGCCAAAGGACCCUGUAGACCUGGCAAGGCUGGGCCUGCAGAGAAUUGCAGCUGACUUGGAUGGCAAGGUUACCGUAUAUCAGGUAGGUUGAGGCACUCUGAGAUCCUGGCAGUGCAAGAGACCCUCUGCUCUGCAGCCUGAAAUGAUGAUAGCAUUGCGAGGGAAGAACGGAAAGCUGUAUCAGCUCAUCUCAUUCUAGCACUGGUGCCUUUGGAUGAGGUGUCCCUAUAAUUGUGUGCCAGUGCUUCCGAAUUUUGUAAUAGGAAAACACAGAAUCUUGCGAGUAGGGAUCUUGGUGUUUUGUAAUAACUACAUCCCCAUCUCUUUCUGUGCAGCUGGAGUCCUCAAACUCGGGCAGACCUUUGGCAUUUGUGGUCUAUUAGGCUAAUAGUGCAGGUCCAGCCCUUUGGGCACUAAAUUUGAAAAAAAAAAUAUUCAGGAAGCAUUUGCAAAAAGUAUCUUGGCGAAGGAGUCUAUGUCUUGUUUCUCCCUCCUGGGGAAAAAAUAUGCUGUGUGUUUGCAUCACAUUGAAACCAGUGAGACUUGAACACGUUAUUUCGAAAGGGUUGGUUAGGCUUUCUCUAGUUGACACCUUUUAUUUGAAGCAUGUUCCUCUUAAUGUUUUGCACAGAUUCCCAAAGGAGUUUUGUGAGAAUGUUUGUGGUUUCAUUUUUUAAAAAAAGUUUCUUGUCAGUCUGCUUACAAAGGGGUAAGGAAAGCCAUGCAGCCAGUAUUCCUCUUCCCCUGGUUUCUUAGUAAGAAAUAAACCUGCUCCAUUCAAUGAGUGUCAAGAAACUGAAGUCUUAGGCUCUGAUUUUUUUUAAAAAAUGUUAAAUUUAAUUAUAUAUCUCUCUAUUUCAUUCUGUGAACCACCCUAGGAUCUCUUGAUGUAUAUAAAUUAAAUUAAUAUUUUAUUUUAUUUUUAAACACAUUGGAUGACUUGUGUUUUUAGGUUUUCCUGUUUCGUACUGACUUUGAAGCCUCACUAUAGUGUAUGCUUAACCCACUCUUCUGAUAUUUCCACAUCCCUAACCACAAAAUACCUGGCUGUAUUUCUGCUGGAUAGGCAGUGGAAUUCCCACCCUCCUCUUCACUGCAGAAUUAGAAGUUUUAAAAAUGUCUGUUAAUUUAGAGCUCGUAAACUUGGGGUUUGGCUGUUAAAUACUUAAUUUGUUAGAGCAGUGAGGGCAGACUGUUUGUAUAAUUCCUGGUUUGGGGAGGGUUCUUGGCUGGGGGAGGAAAUGGCCAAUUAAUAAUAAAGCUAUCUUAAUGUUUUCAGCUGCCUCAUUCGGAGAUUUUGGACUCUGGAAAAACAAUUGACCACCCGCAUAUUGUAGGUACUUAACCCCUUUGCAUUAUUCCUUUAUGUUGAGUGGAUAAUCGCUGUGUUCUGGAGCUGAAGGGAGCAUGCAAGCUAUAAAGGAGGCAGAAAUGGAUGCACUCAUAGGGCUAUGGUAUGCUUCAGUUGAACGGGGCUGUGAAGAGCAGGUGUUUCUGGUGUGAAUUAUGCUACCUUAAUAUUUAACUCAGAAUUGAACAAAGGGUGGACCAGCCAAAGUGUUGCCCGUUGUCUUCAUACAGACCCUCACUUGACUCCUAGGGCUGUGUGAUAUCCUUUUAUGCACUGAGUGACUUCUGUAUCUUGAAGGGCAUGAAAUUCCAAAGCUUGGGAGGGUAAUAAAUCAACUUUAGAAUCAUCAUCGUUUAUUUCCUUUCUAUAUCACUUUAUAGUUUUUUUUAAAAAUCUCAGAGCAGUUUGCAACCUACAUUAAAACAUCAAAUAAAAAAAUCCAGAAUAAAACAUUACUGAAGAAAGUCAAGUGCACAUUCAAAGCAACAUAAUUUAACAGGAGACUAAAAUAUUAUCUUAAAGAUUUCAAAAUAAAACAUUACAAAAGUUAGCAAUAAAUUUUAUCUUAAACAUUUCAAAAGAAAACAUUAUCAAAAGAAAUCAGAUAUAAAAUGCACAUUUAAAACAGCAUAAUUAGCAAGAGAAUAAAGUAUUAUAAGCAUAUAACAUAGCUGCGGUCUGUGGAAGCUGAGGCUCAGUGAUCUGAGAGACCGUCAAAAGGGUCUCUGGCCUCUUCAGCAAUCUCAGCUUUUGUAGUUGGAGUCAGAGCCACAUCCUCCCAGACCAGGAGGGAAAAGGCCAGCAAGGCAGGGAGCAGGCAUUCCAAGUCUCACAGCCAAGAUGGUCAUCAUAGAAUAUUAUCGUCAUUUACAUGCAUCCCAUGUCUCCACUUCUUACUGCUAUGACAUUAGACAACUUAACACUUGGGGAAAUCCUUCUAAGUUUUCUAGCUAUCUCAGCGACUUCUCUUCUCCCACUGAACUAGGAACAAAAACCCAAGUGAAUACAACAUUUUGUGUGAUGGCAAAAGUGCUGUCUGUUUUUUAAAUUAGUUUUUAUUGGGGGUUUUUGUGUUACAAAGCAAACAGAUAAACAGGGACCAGUGCCUCUGUUGUCUCCACUUUCAAUUCAUAGCUUUUUUCGCAGUUCGUUUACGUUUGGUGUGAGACAUUUUUAUCAUAGACAGUUGGGGGGGGGAGAGAUGGGGGUAUUGUUCUUUCAUUCUAUUGCAAAAGUGCUGUGUUAAGGAGGGGAAAAAGUAAGUUUACAAAAUUUCUUCAAACUACAAUACUUGGCCUACCAGAAUACUUUAGUAACAGUAAGCAUGGUAAAGAACCCCAAAAGGAGGGAUGGGCCCAACGUUUGGUUAAUGGUGGAAAUAGUUAUAAGAGUCCUGGGUCUAGAAAUCCCACCCUUUGACCUGUAGGAGUCCUGCCUAAGUUCCUUGGCUUCUGCUUCCAUCUCCCUGCUUUCCAUUCUUCACCAGAAACCAAAAAAAAAGCCAUGCAGUGACUCUUUGCUAUUGUUUAGUUCAUAACAGAUGUGCAUAUCAGAUCCACCUUUCCCUUCAGUGAAACCAUGUCCUUUUCAAGCAUUAUUUUUGAUAUGACUGUGAUACCUAACCAUUGGUUUAUAACCUUUUCCUAUAUCUAUACUUUCCCCCUUUUAGGAAUCCAGAGCCCUGACCAGCAAUCGCUCCUGGCUCACCACAAUACAGACAGGCCUGUUUUUGUUGAAGGCCCCUUCCGCUUGUGGCUGAAGGAGACAUGUGUUUAUUACUAUGUGCUCAGGGCAGAGCUGUUGCCUCGAGAAGAAAGGGUAAAUGGCCUGUCCUUUCUCCCAACUCCCCUUUGAAGGCCUGUUGGAGGACCUGUAAGAUCACUAUGCUGAAGUGCUUCAGCAGAAAAGGAACUUGCCUUGGGAAAACUGAGAAUUGGGAUAGUAUUGUUUGUAUUUUAUUUCUCGGGGAGAGAUCGUGAUAUGUUUGUGGGUUGGGGAGGUUGGUGAUUCAGAGCAUUUAAAAUAGAUAAUAUAUUCCCAGUGCUUUAGACUUUCUGCAGCUUAGAAAGGAUUUAAGAAAUGGUUGUAAUCUCACCUGAGGCAUCUUUAAAGGAAAUUGGGUAUUGGGUGCUUUUUGCUGAAUUUAAGGAACCAGACAAGAUUGUCAGUGGGACUUUUCAGAAAUUGAACACGUUAAACAAAUACUGUAUUAUUAAGUCUAUCCCUGUUUAAUCAGCCAUCUCUCCAUUUGUGUUCACUGCACGGUGGAAUGUGCAUUGAAUAUGCACUGGAGCAAGUACAGCCAAAAGUGUUGGUGCAUAUGGCAGCAGGAAGGAACAGAAAGCUGGACAUUCAGAUAAAUCUUGGCUGUGUGGGGAAAGGAGGGUUUCCACUUGCAGGAGCAGAAGAGGAACAAGGAGCCUGACUUUGCAAACUUAGUUUAACAAGGGAAAGUCUUGUGAUCUAGAGAAAGCAAAUGGGGAGUUGCUGUUUGCUUAAUGCAGGAAGAUUCCCUCCCCUCCUAAUACAGAAUACUGAGAGAGCAUAUCUGAGGAGUUAGACAAGCUUCAGCAAGGACAGUUCAAGCACUGCCAGUCAGUAAGGUUUGGGCUGGGCAAGUUGACCAUUGGAAGUGAAUGAGAAAGAAACACAUUACUCUUAACUGUGCUGUAGUAUCCUCAGAAGCAUCUGCUGUGCAUGGAUAUGGUAUACACAAGUAGGCCUGAUCCUGCUCUUCUAGGAAAUAUGUCUUGUUGGGGUGUGGGUGCUAAUUCGAAGCGCCAGGGCUAGUGUUCUUUGCAGCUAGGUCAUUUUGUUGGCUAUGAAAGUAAUACAGUCUCUCUCCCCCUGCUUCUUUUCACAAAAGGAAGAAGUGAUUGACCCAGAAAGGAAUUUCUACUACCCUAUGCACCUGGAUAUUGAUCUGGAACGGGAUCUUUGGGAUGAUUAUGAAUUUGACAUAGAUGAAGGUAGUUGCCGUUCAUGUCGUUUUUGUGGGUAUUAUUUUUUUAAUCAUUAAUGUGGUAGAAGCGCUUCAGGGUAACAGGAGACAAUAUGGGCCAUUCCAUAAGAAUUUGCCCUGCUGGAUCAGACCAGAAGUGACUUAAUGAGAUGCUUACUGGAAGCCUGCAAGCGGGGCUCCUACUUGUGAGUCCUUCCAACUGGUAUUCAGUGUCAUACUACCUGCAACACCAUCACAGCUAGCCGUGCUUUGCACAAAUUUGUCUAAUGGGCACCUUUAGCUUAUGUUGCUGACAUUUUCUUUUUUCUUUUUUUUCCAAAUUUUUAAAUUGAUUGUCAAAAUUUCAAAACAGACAUACAUACAUCCUGUUUAAAUCUUGGUAACAUUAUUAAGUGACUUCCUCAAAUCCCCUUGGUUGAAUUUCAUUUUAUAUGAUUAUAACAGUUUUCCAAAAUCUAUUUUCUCAAAAAAUUAACUUGAUCACUUAACAUCUUUGAUUCUUUCUAAUUUAAAUUUAAACAUCUUAAAAGCUUUUCCAAUUAAGUUAUCUUAACAUAUUUAGCUAAAUAGUCUUUAAAUUUCAUCCAUUCUUCCUGAUACUCCUCCUCUUUCUGGCCGCGGACUCUUCCAGUCAGGUCGGCCAGCUCCGAAAAGUCCAUCAUCAUCUUCACCUGCCAAUCUUCCAUAUGCUGCCAACAUUUUCUGAGAUUAUCUUGGAACAUGGUGUGGAUUGGGAGGUGGUGGACUUGAAAACAGGAGCUAUUGCUAGCCGUGCAAAUUCCUCCCUUUUGUAUUCUGUUGAAGUUGCUCAACUGCUCAUCUUACGUUGGCUCUGAUGAAAACAUGGGGUCGAAUUCUGCACAGACUCCCAUGCAUGUGGCACUGCAGGAGGCUACAGUCUUGUUACAGUCUUUGAUUGGGCAGGGCUAUAAUUAAUUUGGCAGUCAGCGACCAGCAAGUAGUCUAUACAGUGGUACCUCGGGUUAAGUACUUAAUUCAUUCCAGAGGUCCGUUCUUAACUUUAAACUGUUCUUAACCUGAAGCACCACUUUAGCUAAUGGGACCUCCUGCUGCUGUUGCACCGCCAGAGCAAGAUUUCUGUUCUUAUCCUGAAGCAAAGUUCUUAACCUGAAGCACUGUUUCUGGGUUAGCGGAGUCUGUAACCUGAAGCGUACGUAACCUGAAGCGUAUGUAACCCGAGGUACCACUGUAUAAGGAAUAAGAAAACUGCCAAAGAAAUGUGGGACAGUCUUGCAGCAGUAUAUAUUAGAAAAGAGUCGGCGUUUUUCAAGCAGCUGUACCAGAUGAAUUUUGCAGCCUGGUGGUGACCUGGCAGCACACUUGAGACAUCUGGAGGCGAUACUUGGUGAAUUAAUUUGAAGGGUAGGUGCUCAGAUAGAAAAGUAACUAAGCCAUUUGGGCUGGAUAAAGAACAGAGCUAGGGAUGUUUGGAGUCUCACGUCUGGUUGUUGAGCAGGGCUUCUCGUUCUACACAAUGUAUGCAAGAUCACUGCUCAGAUUCUUUACUUUCACUUCUUAUUUCUUUUCCUGUUUCAAAAUAAUGACGCUCUUCUUUGUGCUUUCCCCAUAGUUGAAGAGGGCCCUGUAUUUGCCAUGUGUAUGGCAGGGGCAGGAGACCAGGCCACCUUGGCCAAGUGGAUUGUGGGUCUUCAGAAAACAAACCCAGUUUUGCGUCAGACGCCGGUUGUGUUCCGUCUCACCCCUGGGCCCCGGGAGCUACAGUCAGGCACCAACUUGGAUGACGAUAGUGAAGAGGAGAUGGCGGAAGCUCAACGCCUCAACAGAGAUCUUUGAGCACAUGUUUUUGUUUUCAACAGAGGUCUUUAAUUUAUUGAGUAUAACUUCAUGCUUGUGCUUUAAAUCCCAGGAUGCUAGUGCAAUCAUUCCUACAAAUGAUCGGAGGAAUUUUGGGUUCAGUCUUGAUUGCUUGGUGGAUUGAGGGCACCUGUUCUUCAACAAAGCAUCUCUCCUCUCAGCUACAACACUUAACAUUGAACACCUGUGGACAGAGUCGACACCUUUGCUAUAACAGCAGCAGAGGAAUGUUGCAUCUCCUUUUGGAAAAGUUUUCCCCCAGAUAAACUUUCAGAUCAAGAGUUGAUACCUUUAAAAAUCACUGCUGUUCUUUCAAUUGUCUGAGAGGCUGCAGUGAACUUCACUGUGUUCCCUUCUGUGGCCUUUUCUUUUUAGAAAUCCACUUUCCUUGAGUUCUUUCUGAUGGUUUCAGAACAGCGUUUUCAGUGACAGAGCCGCCAUUCUUUGACUACAAUUCUUCACUUCCUUAUCACUUCAGCCCUGGCAGUUAGAUGAGCUGAGCUUUUCUUCCUCUCAUUGACCUGAUACUGGAAUGGGAAGGUUUGGUACUCUAUGAGUAUUGGUCAGUGGUAAGGAUUAAAAGUCUGUGGGUUGUUUUUCCUGAUGUGAUUCUGCUUUUGUACCUCCCUCCCAGCACCACUGUCUUUGUGUAAUAUAUGCUAGCAUUAAAAAAGAAAGUCAAAUGUCAUGUGUGUGUAGAACUUAAUUUAAAGCUUU